UUUUUCUGCAUUACUUUCGGCUGGAAGCUGGGUGGGUCAGGAAUCCAACACAAAAAUCCAGUCUAACUUGAUAUGAUAAAUAGUGAGUAUAUCGGGAUUGAUCUCACUGUCAUAAUAGAAUAACAUUUUGGAGGCAGGAGGAUCCGACUGGAUACACAACAUUAAUUCAGUGACUUUACUAGCGUUGCCUUUCGCACUUGCUUUACUGCUUGUUAAGUAGCUACCAUUUUCCCCGUUCAUUCAGAACGUUAUUAUGUCUCGAAUUCUUUCGGGAAUUAUACCAGACGAGGCAGUCUUCGCAGACUUCAGAAGACAAGCCUUGUCAACGGACAACUGGUACAGUAAAUAUGACAAGAACGGAAUGGAGGUUUGGGUCGAGGUGGCCCCUGUAGCAUCAUCCCCUCAAGGAAACAAAAACAUCCCUAAAGUUCACAAGAUAAAGUGCAGAAUGACCAUAAAAGAUGUGUCAGCCGCCACCAUGUACGACGUCCUUCAUGAUGGCCUGUAUCGCAAAAAGUGGGACCCCACCAUGUUGGAGAGCUUUGACAUUGCCCGUCUCUCCCCUAACGCUGAUGUGGGCUACUACUCAUGGCUAUGUCCGAAGCCACUGAUGAACAGAGAUGUGGUGACGCUGCGUUCGUGGCAGGUGACGGACGACGAGUACGUGAUCGUUAACUACUCAGUCAAACACCUGAAAUAUCCUCCCAAAAAGGACCUUGUGAGAGCCAUCUCCCUCCUGACUGGCUACCUGGUGAAGGCCACAGGACCCAAUAGCUGCUCCUUUACCUACCUCUCACAGGCUGACCCCAAAGGUUCUCUUCCAAAGUGGGUGGUGAACAAAGCGUCUCAGGUUCUGGCUCCCAGGGUUCUGAAGUGUGUGCACAAGGCAGGCCAGAGUUACCCAGAGUGGAAAGAGCAGAACUCUCCAGAUCAGAAGCCCUGGUUGUACCCAGAGCAAAGCACCCUGCCCAUGAUGGACCCGGCCGAGCUGACCAUCCAGCGGGCAGACUCUCUGGAGAACGUAGACGAGAGCUCCCAGCUGGACAUUCAGGAGAGUAACAAAGCAGAGGACAGCAGCUGAGCACAUCUGUCAGAGGGGAUGAAGCCUAGACAAGAGAGGAUGGAUGGACAAGCUCACGCAGACCUAAAGACUCAAGUCCUCAACCUCUCCAUAGCACAUGAUCCCAAUCUUUAAAGUUUUAAGAUCCACCCCCAAUUUAUUUUGUACUUAUCCAGUUUUUGCCUUAUAAACCACAGUUUAUGCCUCUAUGGAGGAUGAGAGAAUGAACUGUUUACAUCUGUUUGGCCUUAUGGAGCUGAACAACAUACCAACGAGUGGAAAUUCUGUUUCUUCCCCUCUGCCUGAACUGAUAAUACAGCCAGUUUUUGACAACGAACUGUGCCAACUCCAGACAAUGCACUGGCAGAGGUGCUAGAAGGACUUGGUUGUUAUGUACAGCUACUUUUAGAAACGGCAGCAUCAGGUAUUUUAUAUUACCAGCAAUGCUUCAUAGUUUUUUAUACAAUUUGAUAUGAGGUUUGGAAUAAUUCAGAACCAAGUUAAAGAAAAGCCAGGAUUGGCUGUUUUGAUUUCCUGAGUAUAAAUUCAUGUGAAAAGAUGUAUUUGUGUAUGAUGUUUUUUUACUUUUCUAUUUGAUGGAAUAUUUGUUUCUUGAGCUACAUUGUAUUUCACUAUUGUCUUUUUGACUGGAAACCAUGAGUACGGAUAGACAGAAAGUGCCUUGUCAUUCUAUUGGUAUUUAUUGAAAGUUUGUGCAAUCUGGGAGGGAGACAAUGGAAUUCAUUCCAUUGCUGGUUAUAUACCCUUGGUAUGUAUGCUUUGGUCUUACUGUAGGCACUGAAUAUAGGAUCCAAUGGUGACUUAACUAAAUUGAAAUAUGUUUAGCAAAAUAUCACACUUAGUAUUUUAACAAAUGUACACAGUGACUUGUAGGAUUUUUUUGUUUGUGUUAUUACCUGAAGAAUCACCAUAGAUCUUACCCCUUUUAAAGUGUAUUUAUUUUCAUAAAGUUCCUGAUAAGUAAUCAUGACAGAGCAAGCAAGGAUCCUGAAGUUAGCCUUGCAUACAGCUCUUGAACUUGACUUUGAAGACAAAUGAUUGUAAAGUCGUUUUUUUUAUAAACCUCAGAUAAGGUUCACGUGUAUGUGUGUGUAAUUACAGUGUUUUGAUGGGACAGCCAGGAUGUCUGUGACAGUCAGUCAACCCCCCCAAAACAGAAACUCAAAGUGGAGCAACAAGUUAAUCUACUGUGGUGUCACUGGAGCAAUACCUGUUUUUCUCAGGAAGGGAGGGUGUUGGGGUUUCAGGGAACAUAUUGUAGUUGCCUGUGGAGCAUGACCUGAUUUAACCUACAUGGCCUGAUUUAACCUACAUGGCCUGAUUUAACCUACAUGGCCUGAUUUAGCCUACAUGACUGACCUGAUUUAACCUACAUGACUGGCCUGAUUUAACCUACAUGACUGGCCUGAUUUAACCUACAUGACUGGCCUGAUUUAGCCUACAUGACUGGCCUGAUUUAACCUACAUGACUGACCUGAUUUAACCUACAUGACCUGAUUUAGCCUACAUUACCUUUUUUUGUUUUAACCUUGUCAGCUCGGGGAUUCGAUCUAGCAACCUUCCGGUUACUGGCCCAACGCUCUAACCACUAGGCUACCUGCCACCCCAACCUGAUUUAACUAACAUGACCUGAUUUACCCCAGAUUAAGCUUCUGUAACCAUGUAAUGAUUCUUUCAUUGAAAGAGGAAACCAAAUGUGUCACAGAAUAUCAAAUAAAGUUAUAACAAGG